UAUGAAGAUUCCUCAAAAUCUUAUUAAAGAAUCAGUCUUAUCCACUAUAAUACAAUUUUAUCCACAUCAAAGUUCUCCUCUCUAUAAAAGCACUCCAUCUGGACGUUAAUCGUAACGUUAUAUUUUCUCAGAGCACCAUCAGUUCUCUCCAUAAUCCCCCAAGGAUAGAGAAAAGAAAAAAACUCCCUCCAUAGCAAUGAAAUCACCAUCAGCGAGAAGUUUAUUAUCCCCAAUGGGGAUAUUAAUCUUCCUAGUGCUUUUUGCAUGGGUUCAAAAGGCAGAAUCAGAAGAAGUCUACAUGAAAUAUAAGGACCCGAAACAGCCAAUGGUGACUAGAAUAAACGACCUAAUGUCAAGAAUGACUCUGAAGGAGAAGAUAGGUCAAAUGACACAGCUUGAUAGGGAGAAUUUGACUGCUGAAAUCAUGAGGGAUUACUCAAUUGGGAGUGUUCUUAGUGGUGGCGGAAGUGUGCCUUUCCCAAAAGCAACUCCACAAGAUUGGAUGAAUAUGGUUAAUGGCUUGCAAAAUGGUUCACUUUCAAGCAGGCUUGGCAUUCCUAUGAUUUAUGGGAUUGAUGCUCUUCAUGGCCACAACAAUGUCUAUAAGGCUACUAUUUUUCCUCAUAAUGUUGGUCUUGGAGCAACCAGAGAUCCAGAGUUGGUGAAGAGAAUUGGAGAAGCAACAGCUCGUGAAGUUAGAGCUACUGGAAUCCAAUAUGCUUUUGCACCUUGCAUAGCGGUUUGUAGAGAUCCAAGAUGGGGUCGAUGUUUUGAGAGUUAUAGCGAGGACACUAGCAUUGUGAAAGAGAUGACUACAAUUAUUAGCGGCUUACAAGGAGAAAUCCCUCCUGGUUCUCGAAAGGGUGUUCCUUAUCUCGGUGGACAGGAUAAAGUUGCAGCUUGCGCGAAACAUUUUGUGGGGGAUGGUGGUACAGUUAAAGGGAUUGAUGAGAAUAAUACAGUGAUUGAUUUUAAAGGAUUGCUACACAUUCAUAUGCCAGCAUAUUAUUCAUCAAUCAUUCAAGGUGUUUCUACUAUCAUGGUUUCUUACUCUAGCUGGAAUGGACAAAAAAUGCAUUCGAAUCAUAUGCUUAUAACCAAAUUCCUCAAGGGAUACUUAAAAUUUAAGGGUUUUGUCAUAUCAGAUUGGCAAGGACUUGAUAGGAUGACUUAUCCAGUACAUGACAAUUACACGAACUCUGUUCUAACAGGAAUUUCUGCUGGAAUUGAUAUGGUCAUGGUACCAUACAAUUAUACCGAAUUUAUUAAUGAUGUGACAUACUUGGUUGAAAACAAGUAUAUUCCUAUGAGCCGAAUUGAUGAUGCUGUUAGGAGAAUUUUGAGAGUUAAGUUUAGCAUGGGUCUCUUUGAACAUCCCUUGGCUGAUCCGUCUAUGGUCAGUCACCUUGGUGCUCAGGCUCAUAGGGACUUGGCCAGAGAAGCUGUUAGAAAAUCACUUGUACUUUUGAAAAAUGGCCAAAAUGCUGAUGAGCCAUUGCUUCCACUCUCUAAAAAUGCAUCAAGGAUUUUAGUUGCGGGAAGCCAUGCAAAUAAUCUGGGGAACCAAUGUGGAGGUUGGACUAUUACUUGGCAAGGACUUACCGGCAAUAAGAAUACUACAGGAACUACCAUAUUAAGUGGUAUUACGUCAGCUGUUGAUCCGUCCACUGAGGUAGUCUACAAGGAGAAUAUCGACUCAAGUGAUUUCGUCAAAGAUAACAAAUUCGACUAUGCUAUUGUUGUUGUUGGAGAGCCUCCUUACGCUGAAUAUGCAGGGGAUAACCUCAAUUUAACAAUUCCCGCUGAGGGUGCGACAACACUGACCAAUGUUUGUAAUAAUGUUAAGUGUGUGGUGGUCUUGAUUUCCGGCCGGCCGCUUGUCAUCCAACCUUACUUGGCCAAUAUUGAUGCUUUUGUUGCUGCUUGGUUGCCGGGAAGUGAAGGUAAUGGUGUCUCGGAUGUACUGUUUGGAGAUUAUGGAUUCACUGGAAAGUUGUCUCGGACUUGGUUCAAAACGGUUGAUCAAUUGCCUAUGAACUAUGGUGAUGAGCAUUAUGAUCCACUAUUUCCACUUGGAUAUGGUCUUACUACGGCCCCUCUUGAAGCAAGUUCAUAGAGAAUAUUAUUUUUUAAGUUUUUUCAACUUAUGAUUUUUCUAGUGUUUAGAGAGAUAGAGUUAAUACUUUUCAUUAGGAAAUAAUCAAAGAGAGACCUUUACUUGCUAUGUUACAAAUAUUUGCGGCUAUUUUAAAUUUAUCAGUCUUGUCUA